AAAUCAUUUAAUAAUAAUAAUAAUAAUAGUAUUAAUGUAAUAAUAUGUUAACAUAUUUUAUUUCGUAUUGUAUUUGUGAUACAUGUAAUGAAAUUAAUUAGUACUUGAAAAAAUUAUACUUAAUAAAUAAACGUAACCUAUAGAACUACUGACUUUGUUGAUUGUUUGACAAAUGAUCAGCUACAAUAUUGAAAAAAUCCUGAUUUUAGUAUUAGCAAAUGUUACUAAUGAAUAUGAAGUGAUAUAAUCAUUGAUGUCAAUAUUUAUCUGGUAAACUUGUUAGUGGAGUAAAAAUGGUUGCUGGUCCUACAGAACAUGGCAUACAAGCCGAUGUGAUAUUUGUGAUUGAAGGAACAGCUGUCAAUGGAGCUUAUCUUAAUGAUUUGAAAACAAAUUAUCUUACCCCUACACUUGAGUAUUUCAGUCAAGGUGGUAUUGAAGAUAGAGAAUAUGUUUCUGAGCAAAAUAGUACAACGUUAUAUGGAAUAGUAGUAUAUCAUGCUGCUGAUUGUUUACCAGCACCAUGUACAGAGACUUUUGGACCAUAUGCAAAUCCUCAUAAAUUACUGCUUGUAUUAGAAAAACUAGAAAUGGUUGGAGGAAAGGGGGAAUGUUUUGCCAAUAUUGGAGAAGGACUUGCAACUGGACUUCAAUGUUUUGAAGAUCUACAAUUAAGACGCGAACCAAAUACAGCAUCGCAGAAGCAUUGUAUUUUGAUUUGCAAUUCUCCUCCAUAUCAAACGGUCAUACAAGAAUCAUAUAAAUUUGCCGGACACACUAUAGAACAGUUGGCUUCACUCUAUCAAGAAAGGAAUAUUAAUCUUUCCAUAUUAUCACCUAGAAAAAUACCUGCCUUAUUUAAAUUAUUUGAAAAAGCAGGAGGAGAUUUACAAUCAUCACAAACAAAAAAUUACGCUAAAGAUCCGCGACAUUUGGUCCUCUUACGUAAUUAUAAUUUGAAAGAAAGACCUGUCAGUCCAACAAUUGGUGGAGCUGUUCAUACUACUCCAGGUACUGCUGCACAGAUUCCAUUGAGCCCAUUGCAGAGUAAUGACAGUCCAAAUACAAAUCAAGUGCAACAGAAUAUUGCACAACCAACUCAACCUCAAGGUCCUCCAUUUAGAGGUCAAACUCCUCAAAAUAUCGCUUCAGUUCAUCAAACAGUAGUACCAAUGGCUGCUGCAAUGAACGCUGGUCGACCUCCUUAUAAUCCCCCAAUAUCCGCUCCACCAACUUAUCAUCCUAAUGUAACAAGAGCAGGUCACCCUAGAUGGAGACCUUUCGUGACACCAGGGGCAACAGGUCCAACAAAUACACAAAGUAGUGCUUUAAUAGCGCAAUUAAAUCAACCACCUCCUUCAAUUGGGCUCAAUGUAACUCCAUUUGGACAAAGAAUGGAUGUGACAAAUACCAAUGUUAUGGCUGCAAAUGCACAACAGCAACAGCAGCAGCAACAACAGCAGCAACAGCAGCAAUUAACUCAACAACAGCUAAGAUUAACAAUGCAAUUACAACAGCAACAGCAAAAUGUCCAGCAGCAAGCUCAAAUGCCAAUAACAGCUCAACCGACGCACGGACAAGCAGGACCGCAACUCACGGUAUCCUGUGUGAGCCAAUCUAUGCCAACUCAAGUACCACAAACAGUUACAGCUUCACAGACACAGGCACCUGUAUCGUCGGUUACUCAACAACAGCAAGUAACGCACUCUCAGACACAGGGUAAUGUAACAGGUGGUACGGUAGGACCAGGACCACAAAUUAGUACACCACGUGAGAGACAAACGAUAUGGCAAGGUAUUAUUGAAUGGGUUGAAAAAGCUAAAACAACUCCAGACGCACCAAAACAAACUAGGCAUCUUCCGUGUCAAGUUUCCGCAAAUUCCAAAGAUGGAGAUCCAGAAUUGAAAGCUGAUACGUGGCCUCAAAAAUUAAUUAUGCAGCUGAUGCCCAAGCAGUUAAUAGGAAAUAUUGGUGGAACAUAUUUGAAAAAUUCCAAGUCCGUUUUGUUUCAUCCUACGCCUUGCGAAGCGUUAGAAUCGUUAACAAAAGUUAUGAAUUCGGGAUUUGCAGGUUGUGUUCAUUUCACAUUCUUGCAAGCAGCUUGUGACAUAAAAGUACUUAUCCUCCUCUACACGGCUGAAAGAAGAACCUAUUUGGGAUUCAUUCCAAAUGAUCAAACAGGUUUCGUAGAUCGCCUUCGAAAAGUGAUUCAGCAACAAAAAACAUCGCAUGCUUCUAUGAGACAAGGACAAGCUGGAGCUGCUCAAGGAAACGCAAUAGCUGGCACAAUGCCUACUACAGGUACCUCUCAAGGAGGUAUUCUUAUGUCACAAACAAAUACUAUAGCUAUGGGAGGAGGCCAAAUAACUCAGAACGUAGUUUCUACAAAUGCUCCACAACAAACAUUAACUUCAUCUGCUGGCCCUCAGAAUCAAAUAAACAUGCAGAGUGGUGGUAUUACUGGUCCCCAAGUGGCUCCAGCUUCUGGUACGAUGAUAGGACAACAAAGACCACCAUUUGAUGACAUAGAAAUAGCUAGGCAACAAAAUUUAUUAAAAAUUCAACAACUACGGCAAACGUUAGAAGCUGCACAGCAACAGGAGGCGCAAUAUAAGUCGCAACUGGAAGUAAAUAUUCAACAGAAUCUAGAAGUAGCACAGCAACAGGAAAUGCAAUAUAAACAACAGUUGGAGGCUCAACAAGCCCAAAGAGCACUAAAUCCUGCCGCUAUGACGAAUCAGCAAGCAAAUGCUCCAAGGUUGAUGAGGCCUGUCCCGAAUAUAGGUCUUAGACAUUUAUUGCAACAACCACAACCGCCAUAUAGGCAGGUACUUGGAUUACAGCAACAAAUGGUUCCUAGAGGACAAAUGACGACAAGAGCUAUGGCUCCUGGUAAUCCACAAAAUCAGCAAUUCGAGGAUGUCUCUAAUUAUGAUUUCCUUGGAUAGAUAAUUUAAAUAAAUAUUUUUUUUAUGGAAAUUCUACUGUAAAUAUUCGAUUAGAAUAAAUUACACGUCGGAAAAUA